UCAUGUUAUUCCCAAGAUCAACAAUAAUAGUUGUACUAUUAUUAUUUCUCUUAGUCUCUUUGGUUUCUUCUACUCCUCCUGAGGAUCCAAUCAAAUGUUCUUCACCAAACAACACAACAUGCACCAUCACAAACUCUUAUGGGAUUUUCCCAGACAGAUCUGAGUGCAAAGCAUCCCGCGUUGUGUAUGCAGCAACAGAGCAAGAGCUCGUGUCAACAAUAGCCGAGUUGACGAAGAACAAAACCAAAAUGAAAGUAGCAACAAGAUUCUCACACAGCAUACCAAAGUUGGUAUGUCCUGAGGGGCAAAAUGGGAUUUUAAUAAGCACAAAGUACCUAAACAAGAUUUUGAAGGUUGAUGUGAAUGCAAGGACUAUAACAGUGGAAAGUGGUGUGACAUUGAAGCAAUUGAUCAAUGAAGCUUCUAAAUUUGGAUUGGUUUUGCCAUAUACACCAUAUUGGUGGGGUUUGAGUAUUGGUGGACUCAUUGGAACAGGUGCUCAUGGAAGCACAUUGUUUGGGAAAGGAAGUUCAGUUCAUGAUUAUGUUUUAGAGCUUAGGAUUGUUGUUCCUUCUUCUUCUCAAGAUGGUUUUGCUAGGGUUCUUAGCCUUGAUCAACAAAAUGAAGAUCUCAAUGCUGCAAAAGUUUCCCUUGGAGUUCUUGGUGUCAUUUCACAGAUUACUAUACAGUUAGAACCAAUGUUUAAGAGAUCAAUAACGUAUUUGACAAAAGAUGAUUCGGAUUUGGGAGAGAAAGUAGGAACUUUUGGUCAUGAACAUGAAUUCGCAGAUAUGAUUUGGUACCCAAGUCAGCAUAAGGUUGUGUAUCGUGUCGAUGAUCGUGUCCCUCUCGCCACCUCCGGCAACGGCCUCUAUGAUUUCAUCCCUUUUCGCCCCACUUCCUCCGUCGAACUCGCGCUCGUUAGAACCACAGAGGAUAUCCAAGAAUCCACUAGUGAUGCCAAUGGAAAGUGCUUGCUUGCAAAGACAACAACUAGUACCCUACUCAAUGCUGCUUAUGGACUCACUAACAAUGGUAUAAUUUUUACUGGGUACCCUGUAAUUGGAUUUCAAAACCGGCUUCAAGCAUCUGGAACAUGCUUAGAUAGUCUUCAAGAUGCAAAGAUCACAGCAUGUGCAUGGGAUUCAAGAAUCAAAGGAGAGUUUUUUCACCAAACCACAUUCAGCAUUGGAUUAUCACAAGCAAAGAAUUUCAUUCAAGAUGUUCAAAAGUUAGUUCAAUUAGAACCCAAGGGCUUAUGUGGCAUGGAAAUUUACAACGGUAUCCUUAUGCGUUAUGUCACGGCUUCAAGUGCCUAUUUGGGAAAACAAGAGGAUGCUAUUGACUUUGACAUCACUUAUUAUAGGAGCAAAGACCCUUUUGCCCCUAGGCUCUAUGAAGACAUUCUUGAAGAGAUUGAACAACUUGGGAUAUUCAAAUAUGGAGGGUUACCCCAUUGGGGUAAGAAUAGGAACUUGGCAUUUGAAGGGGUGAUUAAGAGGUACAAGAAUUUCCAAAAAUUCUUGAAAGUAAAAGAGAGGUAUGAUCCACAAGGGCUAUUCUCUAGUGAGUGGAGUGAUCAAGUUCUUGGGAUUAAAGGGAGUGUCACAAUAUUGAAGGAUGGUUGUGCUUUGGAAGGUUUAUGCAUUUGUUCACAAGAUAGCCAUUGCAAUCCAAGCAAAGGGUACUUUUGUAGGCCAGGCAAAGUUUACAAGGAAGCUAGGGUUUGCACUCGCUUGAAAUCACCAUGAACAACUAGAAAAUUACAUAUUAUAGAUGAGUAUUAGCGACAGAUUUUAUUUGUUAAUUUUAGUAUAUUAAAUUAUUCCGUUCUGUUAUUACUUAAUAGUAACAAAAAUGGAUUAAAUUGGUAUACUAAAAUUAAUGACUCAACAACUCAUAUAUUGUCAAUUAAUUAAGGCUAAUCAAGCUUAAUUGACAACAUUAUGUUGAAAAAUAAUAUUACUCGUUGAUGACAUUUAUAUAUGUAAGACUAUUAUUGUUUGUGCACAUAGUGAGGAUAGUGGAUUCUCUUCUUCACCUAGAUAGAAUUAUUAUGUAUAAAUAAAGGAAAGUAUUACAUUUAUGUAAAUGUUUGAGUUUUCUAAUUAGAAAAUGUAUGUGUGGAAAAUUAUGUAUUAAUAACUAUGA